CCAUCUCUCUCAAGAAUCUUGACUUUCCCCUGCACCGUUUGUGUUCGUAAACGUCCAACAUAUCUAUCAAAACGCUUCUUUUCCUACCAGCAAGGGCAUACCGUCGAGAGCGAGAGAGCGAGAGAGAGGGAGGGAGAGAGACGUUAAGGUAGCUCUGCAACAUGGACAAUGCUAAGACAAGAGCCAAUGAAUUAUACUACAGGGCGCAAGAGAAUGCGCCACUUAAUCAGCGCCAGGCGCUGGGAUUGGUGACCAUCCUCGUUGCGUUGGGCACUAUCACCUUCAUUGCAGGCCUUACUCUGACUGGCACCACUCUUGGCUUCCUCUUCGCAUCGCCCCUGCUAAUUAUUUUCAGCCCCAUUCUGAUCCCGCUUGCCAUUUUCGCAUUUGUCGCCAUCUCCAGCCUGUUGAGCUUUGGGGGUUUCGCAUCCUUCGUUGUUUGGGUGUACAAGUACUACAAGGGCGCCCACCCCGUCGGCUCCGAUCAGGUUGAUGCUGCACGUUACCGUAUUGCUGAAGGUGCGAAAGAGGUCAGGGACAAGACAUAUGCCGUAGCAGAGGAUGUCCAGGAAUUUGUUUCCCAAAAGACGGACACCAGUGUUGCAGCUUAGACUUAUGAUCCCAGCAGUAGCCACUGCGGAGAAAAGUGGCACAAGCUCCGAUGUUCAUGAUGUUAAUAGUCUUGUGAAUAUCAAUCCUCUUUUUGCUUGUGUGCUUUACGCUUCAGUUUGUAUUGAGGUGUAUGCUUCAAGCUUUUUAAGGACUGCCUGAACCUCGAUGGAUAAGUGCCAAUGAACGUUUCAUAUCUUACACCCCUGGUCUUUAUCAUAUUAUAGAUGUUUCAAACGCAAGUCAUGUGGUUCUGAACAAGAUUUUAUCACAGACUGUUAUUUUCAAGAGUUCAUUUUGUCAUCAUCUAUAGAAGGGAACUCAUUGGUGUUGCAUACAUUUUCAUCUUCUAUAAUUCAAAAAGAGAUUACACUGAUUAUUAUUA